AUGAAGUUUAAGUCUCCUCGGCCUCACGCUAUGGUGAUCUACAAACGUAAUCCAGACACAGAUUGGCAGGCCUGGGCAUAUUUCUCCAGCAAUUGCUACACCUAUUUUGGCAUGCCUUACUCUCGAUUACACAGAUUCACUCGACCUGAUGAGGUUGUUUGUCGCGAAGAGUAUUCGACUUUGGAGCCAUUAUAUGAUGGUGAAGUGAUCUUCUCUGUGAUCAAGGGCCGACCUGGAUAUGACCAAUUCUUCGCAAAUGAAGCUCUUCAGGCUUUUGAUUUACACAUUUGUGCUCUUCCGGUUCAUCAGUUAGCAAUGCGAAUGAAAUGGAGCACAGCCAGCCAAAUCAAGAUUGCGCUGCGCAAGGCCCACACAUUCGGAGACGAGAGAAACGCGGAGAAAGAUACCUUAUUAACAUACUACUUUGCAGUCUCCAAAUUAGCAGUUGGAGGCAGAUGUCUUUGUCACGGACACGGAAACCGUUGCGUUAGAAGUGAAGGUCCUGGUUUCCAGGGCUCUAUGGUGUGCAUGUGCCAUCCCAGUCACCACACAGAGGGUGACAAUUGUGAAAUUUGUGCACCCGGCUACAUGGACAAACCGUGGGCCCCCGCAACGCCAUACAAUGCCAACCAUUGUCGAGGUAAGUUUGUUGAUUCUAUAAAUGCAUUUUACGCACUAAUAUCCCAGAGCUAG